AUGGCGCUGGCAAACUCGCUCGCUCUUGCGCUGUUGGCGGCGGUUUGCUCUUCCUCGGCGCCACGCCUCGUCCCGCUCGCGCUCCUCCUGCUGGCGGGUCGCUGCGAGGCCGCGGGCACGGUCUGCGACAACAGCGUGCCAUGCUCCUCCGGCUGCCCCACCUUCGUGUACGGCACUUCGCUGUGCGACGGCACCUUCACGGGCACCGAGGUGUAUCUGUACAACCGAGGGCUGUCGGGGACGAUCCCUCCGCAGCUGGGCGACAUCUCGCAGCUGAAGUAUCUUUACCUGUACAGCAACUCCAUCUCGGGCACCAUCCCUCCGCAGACGAGCAAGCUCUCGCAGCUGGAGUAUCUUGGCCUGUUCGACAACGACAUCUCCGGCACCGUGCCGUCGCAGCUCAACAACCUGCCGCUGACGUCCUGCGGGCUGGGCGGCACCAACCACUUUGCCUGCCCCCUGCCCGCCCUUCCCGCUGUCUGCACCUCGGCCUUCCUACCAGAGUGCAACUACCCGCCACCUUCGCCGCCCUCCUGGAAGCAUGCGGCAGCCAAUCGCGCGCGCCAUGACAACUACGCCUUCUUCACCUUUGUCCGUGACCCGGUAGAGCGCUUUGCUUCAGCCGUUUACGAGAUCAACUUUAUGCUCGAUGACGUUAGGGUGUUGAACCAGCUGAAAUUCGUUGGGCGGGUCGAAAACCUAUCGGAGGACCUGCGGGCAAUUCUGCAGUCGCACUCCCUCAAUGUCAAUGAGGCGCAACUUGCGCAGACGCACUUGCGGCGAAGCGGUGACGCCGCGGUGCCAAAGUCCAGUCGGUGGCCUGACUGA